UCUUGCAAAAUUUACCUAAAGAGGUUGUAGAAAGUAGACGAGGCGCGGAGUUUCAAGCACGUAGUAGAUAAAAACAAGUGACACAUCCGUCAUGCGCAGAAAGGUGCAGUCGGCGGUUUCCGGUAAAUAUUUCGUUUUUGGUUCAUGUGUUGUUCUGGAAAAUGAUCAAUUUUUUAAUUUUCAAUAAAAUAUGAACAAAUUCUGCUAAUUCGAUUAGGAAUAAAACGCUAGUUUAUUAAAAAUGGGUGUCGGCGAUCUUCAGACGUUUUUGGAAAGUCCCAGUUUGGAAGGUGGAGCUGUAUCCGUAGAUUUGUUGAAAAUAGCAAGGAAUGUAACUCAAAGACAACAACCUCAUAACACCAAUCGUAAAAUUAGACCAAUAGGUAAUAAGUUGAAACUCAUCAUUGAUGCUGAAAACUGCUUGGACAGAUUGUAUGGUGGAUACUUCUCAGAUUGGGCAUGUGGGGGUCAAUGGAACCGUAUGGUACAGUUCCUUUCAUUACUGACUAGAGCUAUUGAACGCGGCAACAUUGAACUGGCAGUCGUCUUCAAUGGCACUAUUGAGCAGUGUCGUAUGAAUGAAUGGGUGGCUGAACAAGCAAACAUCAGACAGCGCGUAGGUAUGGUGUUGAAGCAUAUCAACACUAAAGCCACCCCACCACCGAAAAUUUGGUGGGCUCCACCAACAUGUCUCAGGUCAGCACUAAGGAUGGCUCUUAGGCAUUUAGGUGUUACAGUGAUGUGUACCAUGGAUGAUCAUCAUCAAGAGGUUAUAGCUUAUUGUCGAGAAUAUGGUUUUCAUGGUUUGCUUGCCGACGAUGCAGAAUAUGCUGCGUUUGACCCGCCUAGGUAUUUUUCUGCAGAAAAUUUGAAGCUCACAUAUAAGGGUUCUGUUGAAACCAAAGAGUACAUGAUAAGCGAGCUUACAAAGACGUUAAAGGUAACUCAAGAACAAGUAUGCAUUAUGGCUGCUUUGUUAGGAAACUUUUUGUUACCAGAAAGUGAUCUCCAGGACCUGUACAAGAAGCUGGGUCUAACCAAAGGAGAAAAUAGUGCAGAAAGUAACAUAAAGAAACUGGCAGAAUAUGUAGGCACCUUGCCAUCCCCUUCGAAUAUGGAUGCUUUGGUUGUAGCAGUUUUUGGCAUUCCUGAAGAUAAAAGAGCCUCGAAAUUCCGUCAAUCUGUUCAGUAUUAUUUAAAUGGGACCGCUAGCGGAUUUUUGAAGUAUUGCACGCCACCAACUAAAUCUAAGAAGGACAAAAAUAAGGCGCAACCACAGGCACCUGUUUCAAAUGAAAAAGAUGCUGCUAAUAAUGUUAAUGUUAAAACAGAUGAUCAUGAUUUAGAUACCUCAGGAUUUGCUUCUGAAACCACAGAACAGGAACAAGAGACCCUGCAGAACUACAAGCAAGCUACAGCACAUUCAGUGGUCACCAGUUUUGAUGGUCUGGAUGUAAACUUGUUAAAAAACAUAAACAGCGGUAAAUUCAUCAGCAUAAACGAACCGUACAGUGCAGUCUAUAAGUUGUCUUUUAUAGAUGAUUCACCUCUGUCAUCAGAUUCGUCCAGAUUCAAUGGCAUCUCAAAUGGUUCAGUGGGCUCCGUGAAGAGCAUACCUGGCAGUUCUGGUCAAAGGGUAAACCUGUUGGUGGGUAACAGCAGCAGCAAUACCUCUGAAAACAGUAAAAAUAGCCCCAACAGUGGAUCCGGAUCACAGAAAGCACAAAAACAAUCAGUUAGUAACAAUGCAGUGACACCCUCCGUUUCACCUGAUGUUCUGCGCACCGCUUCUCUCCGUCAUCAAAAAGGUUUGAUGGCACCCACAAUCCUACACGUACUAAGUACUCAAGAAGUGCGUUUGCCAUGUCUCAUGGAAGAUGAGGGAAACAGGGAGUUCCCACCAAUCCAUGACAUAUAUGGGCCACUUAGAAAGCGGGUCUAUGCCGUACUGUUCAACCUUCACCAUCUUAGAUAUGUGCAUGCCAAGAAGAAAGAAUCUGGAGAGCUACCAGAAAAUGUCCCCCAGCCGGAUAUUUUAGUGAAAGAAUGGAUCUAUAGUCGAUCGAAUCCUUAUCAGUAUGCAGAGGAAGUGAAGGCAGAGCCCCUUCCAUGGGCCGUACCUACUCUUCAAAGAUUGUGGUUUGGGCCUUCUGUAGACGACAAACGUCGUAGGAUGAGAGCUUUACUAUCAUGCCUCAAUUCGGAUACACCGCUGAUACUGAACACCGCGUAUGUACCUCAACACAUGUUGAUAAUGGCGUGCGUUCUGAGAUACAUAAUGUCACAGGACAGGCCGAUCAUGAGGCGACAUGAACUCGAUGCAUUCCUUUGCCAUGCUUUUAAUCCUAACUUGAUGAACCCACAGUAUUUGCAAGAAUUAACGUUAAAUGUAGUAACAUCCAGAGGUGUACAACUAGCUGCCUUAUUCAUGGAAGGUGUAGAGAUGGCGCUGUUGGCUAACGACGCUUGCGGUGCUCCCCUACCGUGGCUGAUGUGCUGCCCGUGGCUGUACUUUGAUGGCAAGCUGUUCCACUAUACCUUGACCAGAUCGGCACACGCGAAGAAUAUCCUCGAAGUGUGUGAGAACUACAUCGAGAGAGUUGUGAAAGUGGAGAGAAUGCGUAAGGCGAUUCUAGAAGGGUUGGAUGUCAAGUUUGCCAAGGUACCAUUGCCGCCAUUUGCCGGAGCACCAUUGCUUCGUCAAGGUCUGCCACAACAUUACCUGCCCCAAAUGGCCAUGACUUCGAGCCGUGGAGGUUCUAAUUUACGCCAGAGACCGAUCCCAUCUAGAGGAGGCCAACUUGAGGUGGCCGGUGUGGUGGUGGGUUCCUGGGGUGCCAACUACAGCUUCCAGUCGAGCAUGACGCGCCAGAUCUUGCCGGCUGGCGCAUCGUACAUGCAACAAGGUCGCGGUCGUGGUGGCUACAAUAACUAUGGGGGCGGUAGAGGUAGAGGCGGGCAGAACAGGAACAAAGGCGCGCCCACCUACGCUGUCCAUAACGCACGGAGGAAUCAGGGGAACAAAAAACGUAAUACUAAUAAAUCUAACAAGGGGCAAAAACAGCAGAGCCAUGCUUUAACUGUAAAAACAGAUAAUGGAGACGUGCCAGUGAAUGACGUGAUUAUCUCAGAGGAUGGCUCCACAAGCACCAGCGGCAAGAAGGAGGGAGGCAAGAAAGAAGACUGCAUCAAACCCGUAGAGCAUAAGGGCCAAGGGGAUGCUCCUUGCCACGUUACCGAAACGGCCGCGGCGUCCAACUAAGCGGUCAAUGAGAAAAAGAUAAAUUCCAGUCAAGUAUUAGGACGCAUAUCACUGAGUUGUAUGCGUAUAUAUUAGUGAUGUGUGCAAGACGUUCAGUGCAAACUUACUUUAGUUUAUGUUAGGGAUUUCUGUAAUCUGUAUAUACAUGAGGUAAUGAGGAGCGGAUUGAAGUUAGUUUUGCAAUUAGAUUUUAGAAAAUGUCGUUUUCAGACAUCUCCCAUGUGCAGUUUUGAUUCAAAUCACACACACAUACUGUUUGCAUGCUGGGCCAGCUUAAUGUAUUAUAGUACUCUUGGCUGUCCACUCUACAGCCCCUACGCAAUUUGUUUGUCGCACAUUUUAUAUUUUUCAUUUACUAAGAUAAUGUAAACUUCAGAUUUAAACAGAACCACAUAGAAAAUACAAACCAUAUCUUGUCGAGACUUGUUUGACCGCAGUUUAUGUUACUGCAACAUUUUAACAUCACAAUCACAGUUAUAAAGACAAGAGUCGAUAUAUAAAUCUUGAUGAAAGAAUCAAUGUGAUUAGUUAGGCUCUUAUGAUUAUGACUGGGGUGACAUUGUGCAGGCGCAUGUCAGCUAAGUACAGAUUCUCAGUACAACUCUUUAUGGUGCACUUUUCUCGUGGAGAAUUCCAUAAAUUUCUACAUUUUUCAAGAGGUUUUCCAUGUGAAUUGGCCAGUACCUUUAACAGGAGUUGAAUACAUGGAUAUUCGCCAAAGAAACAGUUAAGAGAAAAAAAUAACUAGAUGCAUCUUUGAGUAGGAGCUGUUUGACAUUUGAUUCACUAUAAAUAAACUGCAAAUGCAGCUAAAUUCUCUGAAUAGUCUACAGCAUUUGUCAGUUAUGUAGUUACCUACAUAUUACCAAUAUCUGUUGUGUUUUAGAUACACUAUUCACAUAGCUAUAGCUAAUAUUUUAUGAAUAAACGUAUCUUUUGGAUCCACAAAAUAUUAAUCACAAUAUUUUGUAUGUAAUUUCCACAGUUGUUGCUUCAACUUGACUAAUUUCCAUCCGCUUCCAAAUGAGACGAUAUAUGAAAUGAUUCGGGGGCGGUCAAAGACGUGAGUGGUGAUAAGUGCAAGUACUUUUCGACCAGCCCCCAAGAAUAUAUACAAGACGUGCUAGCUAGUGACCGAUUUUUAUCUCUCGUUAGCUCGACAACGAUAAUCCCAAAAUAGUUCAGUAGAUUAUAGAUGUACUGGAGGAGAUUCCCAUAGCUGUUACUUUUAGAAAAGGUAUUAUGCGUGAAAUAUGCCAGCACACGUUCGACUUAUACCCACUGUUGAAAUUCAUGGGUUGAGGAACUGUUUUUUUUUUCUAUUAAAAAACUGAAGCUUAGGGAUGUGCUCUUUGCUUUUUGGUAGAAAACGGCAUUGCUGCUAAACAGUCAUGUUUUUUUAACCAAGCCGUUGAGCCCUGUUUACCAUCCAUAGUAUCAAUUUGUCAUAUAAACUAAGAACCAAUUUUGCUGAAAGCUAUAUUUAAGUCACACUUCUUUACUGGAUAAUAUGACAGCCUUUGGGAUUUUCUUCAGUAUUUGGUGAACUGUAUCUGGUUUUACUGAACUAGAAAAGCAGUGUUGGUGCCGGAAAUGAAAGUAUGCUCCCCUUUAGGUUAGGUUUACUACAGGGUCGGACGGAUCGACACUGCUUCAUGUAGCUGUGUUCAGCUGACUGAUUGUUUGAGAGCAUAUUGUAUAUUUUUCUAUGUUUGUUACAACUGUUAUAAUUAUAUUAUGACUGAAAAGAGGGCGCUAUGAGCGCUGCUGUGAUCAUAUUUAUGGUAUUUAUAAAAAUAAAGUCGUUAGAGAUCUGUUGAUGGUGAUGAUUGAGAGCGAUGUGUUUUCGCAUCGCGGAAGAUAAAGAUGGUUAUAGGAUGGUUCGCUAUAUAAUAUAUACAUUCGAAGAUCUUUCGAUGUAAUAUUUCCAAAUCUUCACUCAGUAAACCGAAUCAGCCAACUUGCCUUUUUGUAAUCGUAAUGCCGUCUUCCUAGAAGUACCGUGAAUCAAAUUAGUGGACAUUUGUACAAUUGGCGUGUCUGUUAAGUAAAGGUUUUUUUAGCAUCAUUUAAACAUUCUUGCUAAACAUUUUUUUAAAAUAACCGUCUGUGCGUUGAAAGCGCAAAGCGACACUUGUCGUUUGAGGCCACUUCUGGCAGUGCUGCAAUUAUUUGCGCUGCAACUUGUUCUUUUAAAGCGGCGCCUUUAAUUUCAAUUUGUUUUCAAAGUAUUCUUUAAUGGUUCUUAUCAAUUUAAUCAAAUGCAAGGUACAUUUGUAUUUGUAAAUUUUAUUGCAGUAAUUUUUGCUGUUGCGAAUGUUAGAAAUUGGUGUUAGAAAAUCCACAUAUUGAUUUAUGGUACUGCCAGGUAUUCACAGCAUAUGUCUUCACUGUAGUGCAAUUAUUCAUGUACUAUUCAGUGCAAAAAAUAAUGCCCAAUUUGAAAAAUACACAUUGUGUAAAUAUCCUUAACCUUGGUACAUAAUCUGAAUCUUUUUUAUUAAGGGUCAUGUAAUUUCGCUGACAUCAGGUGUCAGGAAGUUAAUAGAAAAAGUACAGAUUUAAAUCGAAACCAACAAAUUGUAAAUGUUCAGAUUUGCGCUAUUGCUCAUAGGAGACAAUAUAGCUUUGAAGUCCACUGAACUUUAUGGAUAUGUCUUAACGGAACGUUUGUCCACCAAACUUCAACUUUAAAGAAAAAGUAUCAAAUGAAUUUAUAAUUUAUAAGCAUAUGGUAUCACAUACUGAUCAAAACAAAAAAUAUUACGAAAACAAAUUUUCAUAAUUUUAAGUAGCUGUUUAUUGCCGUAUCUUACACGUAGUCCAAGAAUUACAAAUGAACUUAGCUCACCACGGGUAGAAAUAGCAGUUUCUUCCUCAAAUGGUUGAAAUUGUAGUUGUUUGUUCAUACAAUGUAUAAUCUUUUAUGUUGUCAAAUUGUUGCUUUGUCAUUUUUUUGGUGGUAAUCUGUCAACAUUCGCAUGUAUUUUUUCUUCCAAUUUUUGUUUUAAGGAAGCUUAUUUUUUUAGUUUAUAAGCGAAUGUAUUUCUCUUUGCUUUUGGGAGGGUUUAAAUAUUUCUUUUCGCCCUGUUUAAUAUUUUUGAACUGUAACGUAUUCAAAUGAGAACCCUCUUAUUUAAAUAACCAUUAAAUAAUCUUAUAUAAUAGUAUAAUCUAAUGCUUAAACAUAUUUAGAGAUAUUUGGAAAUGUAGCACGUAAACAUGUUUUCCUUAUUUUCUUUUAUUCUAAUUCACUAUAUUGAAGGUAUUUAACAUUGUUAUUUCUGAUGUAUAUGUGUAUUGGCUCUCAAGGUGAAAGGCCAUCCAAUAUUAUUAAAGAGAAAUUAUAGUUGGAGGAGAGGCAAUCAUAGUGGAACAUUGAAUUAUUGCUUGGUGAAAUGAAACUUCCGAAAAUGUAGUGACGGUAACUAUUCCUGUACUUUGGCAAAGGUAGUCGCAAACAUAUUUCUGAGCCGACAUGGCAGUUGGAAAAAUUUGCAGAUAAGCUACAAUUAGAUAUAUUGUCUUUCUUAUCAGGACUUUCAGCUUUACACCCUGUAAUCCUAAUGAGAUAUUUCAGCAGAUAGUUAUCUGUAUACGAUUUUUCGGAUGCAUCCGCAACAGAGUAUGUUCAGUAAACAACUUUAGAGCAAAGAAAAUGGGCCCUGGCGGGAGUCGAACCCGCAUUUCCAUUCCGUGGAGCCAACCUAGCCAAUUAGUCUACAGCUCCAGCUUCCAACCAACUUUCAGAAUCUACUGUUAAAUGCAAAUGUAAUCCUAACCACGCCACUGUUGCUUUGGUUUUCAAACUGGUUCAAGUGAUGCAAAUCGGAUUGGUGAGGUAUCUCCAAUCGCUUUCUAGUGUUUUGUGGACACACACCACAGUACCACCAUGUGAGGGCAGUAACCUGUAUAUGAUUUUUCGGUUGAGGGCACCCAUAACAGCGAGUAUGUUUAGUAAACAACAACUUAAUAGAUAGGAAAAUCCCAAUGGCGCCCAUUUUCCUAUUUCUCAAGUUGUUUACUAAACAUACACGCUUUGCGGAUGCGCUCAUUCGAAAAAUCGUAUAAAGGUUACUGCCCUUGCACGGUGGGAUCAUGGUGUAUACGCACGAGGCGGCAUGCUGCAACUAGAAAGCGAUUGGAGAUACCUUACCAAUCCGGUUUGUUUCAGUUGAACGACGCCAGAUGGGGCAUCAAGCAGCUUGAAGGAACAGUGGCGUGGGUAUUAUUUAAUUUGCCUCUAGCAGCUGCAGCAGACUAACCGAUUAGGUCGGAAUGAAGGAGAUGCGAGUUCGAAUCCCGCUGGCUCCCUUUUUAUCUGUCAAAUUGUUUACUAAGCUAUUUGUGUUCAGAAGGUGAAAUAAGGCUUAACAUUCAAAUAUUCCUGUAUACGAAAUUGUACAGUUUCACAAGAAAGAUACUUCCUAUAUUUUCAACAGUUUCUUUUCACACGGUGCUAAUAGUUUCAUUAAUGCCUCUUUAUUAUUCUUAAUUAGAAAUAGUUGUCGUGAUUUUGGAAAACUUGGGACAAUAUUGCUCCUGUGAACGUAAUUAUUCAUUAUAUACUUUUAAUUUUUAUUGAGCAAUUUUCAGAAGAUAUAAUCGCUUAAUGCUGUUGUCUUGAUGUUUAUUCUGAAAUCACCAUGAAUACAAUAUCACUCUUUCCUUGUAAUUCAUUAAAAAUGAACGAAAAAUCUUUUAAAUGGAAACAACUAUUCAACUGUUAGGCAGUUUUUGAACAUGGGCAAACGAAACAUUUAAAUUUUGUAAAUGUUAGCUGGAAUGAUGGAAAGGUAACUGAAGGUAUUUCUGUGCAGUUGAAAGAGUUUGUUUGAUAUAUAAUAUACAAUUGAACCAUU